AUGGCAUCUUCGUUGUUUCCUAGUUCCAUAGGGGUUCCUAAUCUUUUAAAAUAUGAUGUGUUAUGGUUAAAAGAAGAGAAUAUUACAGUCCAAGUUAAAGAUGAAAUCAACGAACGGUCUUAUCGUUGCAUGCAGUGUAGGAAACAUUUCGAUUCCAAAACUGGCCUCCUGAACCACACGCGAAUGCAUCAAACAGUUAAACAAUAUACAUGCUCGCUCUGCCAUAUGACAUUCCCCACUAACGCCGAACUCAUAGAGCACAAAAUCGUCCACAAAGACGAAGAAAACUUAUUCCUCUGUAAAUUAUGCAACAUGGCGUUCACCGACCACUGCGAUUUCUUAGUACACGAAACGACACAUAAGAAACGUUCAAUGUACAAAUGUUUCGAGUGCGGCAGUUACCAGAGCCCCGCGUACAUUAAACGGCACAUAGCAACUCAUUUCGACUGUCGAGUGCGGUGCGACCAGUGCGACAAGACGUUCCAAACGCCGAUGGGUUUGAAGCAACAUGUUUUAUAUGAACACAAGAAAGAAGGGAAACUUAUAGAAUGCGUCGAGUGCGGCAAGAUGCUGAAGAAUAAGAAGGAAUACGACCGGCACAUGGCGAACCAUACCGGUAUUAAAAAAUACCAGUGCCUGUACUGCGGGAAAGGUUUCACACGACCGCUGUCCAGGACGGUACAUACUAGAACACACACCGAUGAACGCCCCUUCCAGUGCGACCAGUGCGAUCGCACUUUCAAACAAUAUACAGAUAUGAAACGUCACAAGUUAAGUCAUGGCGGCGGGAAAGAGAUCCAGUGUAAAGUGUGCGACAAGAAAUAUAAACAUGAACAAUCCCUCAAGAUACACAUGAGGGUGCACAGUCAGACGGACCUCUACUACUGUCCUGUGUGCGACAAGGCGUGUCAGAAUAAACAGUGUCUAAGAGUUCACAUGCAGUAUGUGCAUACAACAAAGAGAACAUUCAAAUGCGAAUUAUGUAAUGUUUCGUUUAAAACUCCUCGAGAUAUAAACAGACAUAACGAGUCUAAGGCUCAUAGAAGAGCCGAGUAUGGCGCACAGAGGACAAGACAGGCAGCGGGUGUAGUUUUGGAAUAA